AUGUUUGUCGAUCUAUCUAUCUAUCUAUCUAUCUAUCUAUCUAUCUAUCUAAAUCUUUUAAUAUCUAUCUAUCUAUCUAUCUGUCCGUCUGUCUGUCUCUAUCUAUAUAUAUCGCAUAGUAACACUCCUCCGGAUGCUUGCUUCUACCGGACAGCCCAUAGUAACACUCUUCCGGUUGCUUGCAUCUAUGGGACAGCCCAUAGUAACACUCCUCCGGAUGCUUGCUUCUACCGGACAGCCCAUAGUAAGACUCUUCCAGUUGCUUGCUUCUACCGGACAGCCCAUAGUAACACUCUUUCAGUUGCUUGCUUCUACCGGACAGCCCAUAGUAACACUCUUCCGCUUGCUUUCCUCUACCGGACAUCCCAUAGUAACACUCUUCCGCUUGCUUGCUUCUACCGGACAGCCCAUAGUAACACUCUUCCAGUUUCUUGCUUCUACCGGACAGCGCAUAGUAACGCUCUUCCGGUUGCUUGCUUCUACCGGACAGCCCAUAGUAACACUCUUCCGCUUGCUUGCUUCUACCGGACAGCCCAUAGUAACACUCUUCCAGUUGCUUGCUUCUACCGGACAGCCCAUAGUAACACUCUUCCACUUGCAUUCCUCUACCGGACAUCCCAUAGUAACACUCUUCCGGUUGCUUGCUUCUACCGGACAGCCCAUAGUAACACUCUUCCAGUUUCUUGCUUCUACCGGACAGCGCAUAGUAACGCUCUUCCAGUUGCUUGCUUCUACCGGACAGCCCAUAGUAACACUCUUCCAGUUUCUUGCUUCUACCGGACAGCGCAUAGUAACGCUCUUCCGGUUGCUUGCUUCACCGGACAGCCCAUAGUAACACUCUUCCAGUUUCUUGCUUCUACCGGACAGCGCAUAGUAACGCUCUUCCGGUUGCUUGUUUCACCGGACAGCCCAUACGAUAGUAAAGCUCUUCCGGUUGCUUGCUUUUACCGGACAGCCCAUAAUAACACUCUUCCAGUUUCUUGCUUCUACCGGACAGCCCAUAGUAACACUCUUCCAGUUUCUUGCUUCUACCGGACAGCCCAUAGUAACACUCUUCCGCUUGCUUGCUUCUACCGGACAGCCAAUAGUAAAACUCUUCCAGUUGCUUGCUUCUACCGGACAUCCCAUAGUAACACUCUUCCAGUUUCUUGCUUCUACCGGACAGCGCAUAGUAACGCUCUUCCGGUUGCUUGUUUCUACCGGACAGCCCAUAGUAACACUCUUCCAGUUUCUUGCUUCUACCGGACAGCGCAUAGUAACGCUCUUCCGGUUGCUUGCUUCUACCGGACAGCCCAUAGUAACACUCUUCCAGUUUCUUGCUUCUACCGGACAGCGCAUAGUAACACUCUUCCAGUUUCUUGCUUCUACCAGACAUCCCAUAGUAACACUCUUCCGCUUGCUUGCUUCUACCGACAGCCCAUAGUAACACUCUUCCAGUUUCUUGCUUCUACCGACAGCGCAUAUUUCUUGCUUCUACCGGACAGCGAUAGUAACGCUCUUCCGGUUGCUUGCUUCUACCGGACAGCCCAUAGUAACACUCUUCCAGUUUCUUGCUUCUACUGGACAGCGCAUAGUAACGCUCUUCCUGUUGCUUGCUUUUACCGGACAGCCCAUAAUAACACUCUUCCAGUUUCUUGCUUCUACCAGACAGCCCAUAGUAACACUCUUCCAGUUUCUUGCUUCUACCGGACAGCCCAUAGUAACACUCUUCCGCUUGCUUGCUUCUACCGGACAGCCCAUAGUAAAACUCUUCCAGUUGCUUGCUUCUACCGGACAUCCCAUAGUAACACUCUUCCAGUUUCUUGCUUCUACCGGACAGCGCAUAGUAGCGAUCUUCCGGUUGCUUGUUUCUACCGGACAGCCUAUAGUAACACUCUUCCAGUUUCUUGCUUCUACCGGACAGCGCAUAGUAACGCUCUUCCGGUUGCUUGCUUCUACCGGACAGCCCAUAGUAACACUCUUCCAGUUUCUUGCUUCUACCGGACAGCGCAUAGUAACACUCUUCCAGUUUCUUGCUUCUACCGGACAGCCCAUAGUAACACUCUUCCGUUUGCUUGCUUCUACCGGACAGCCCAUAGUAACACUCUUCCAGUUGCUUGCUUCUACCGGACAGCCCAUUCGCAUAGUAACGCUCUUCCGGUUGCUUGCUUCUACCGGACAGCCCAUAGUAACACUCUUCCAGUUUCUUGCUUUUACCGGACAGCCCAUAGUAACACUCUUCCAGUUUCUUGCUUCUACCGGACAGCCCAUAGUAACACUCUUCCGCUUGCUUGCUUCUACCGGACAGCCCGUAGUAAAACUCUUCCAGUUGCUUGCUUCUACCGGACAUCCCAUAGUAACACUCUUCCAGUUUCUUGCUUCUACCGGACAGCGCAUAGUAACGCUCUUCCGGUUGCUUGUUUCUACCGGACAGCCCAUAGUAACACUCUUCCAGUUUCUUGCUUCUACCGGACAGCGCAUAGUAACGCUCUUCCGGUUGCUUGCUUCUACCGGACAUCCCAUAGUAACACUCUUCCAGUUUCUUGCUUCUACCGGACAGCGCAUAGUAACACUCUUCCAGUUUCUUGCUUCUACCGGACAGCCCAUAGUAACACUCUUCCGUUUGCUUGCUUCUACCGGACAGCCCAUAGUAACACUCUUCCAGUUGCUUGCUUCUGGGGACAGCCCAUUGUAACACUCUUCCGCUUGCUUUCCUCUAGCGGACAUCCCAUAGUAACACUCUUCCGCUUGCUUGCUUCUACCGGACAGCCCAUAGUAACACUCUUCCAGUUUCUUGCUUCUACCGGACAGCGCAUAGUAACGCUCUUCCGGUUGCUUGCUUCUACCGGACAGCCCAUAGUAACACUCUUCCAGUUUCUUGCUUCUACCGGACAGCGCAUAGUAACGCUCUUCCGGUUGCUUGCUUCUACCGGACAGCCCAUAGUAACACUCUUCCAGUUUUCUUGCUUCUACCGGACAGCGCAUAGUAACGCUCUUCCGGUUGCUUGCUUCUACCGGACAGCCCAUAGUAACACUCUUCCAGUUUCUUGCUUCUACCGGACAGCGCAUAGUAACGCUCUUCCGGUUGCUUGCUUCUACCGGACAGCCCAUAGUAACACUCUUCCAGUUUCUUGCUUUUACCGGACAGCCCAUAGUAACACUCUUCCAGUUUCUUGCUUCUACCGGACAGCGCAUAGUAACACUCUUCCGCUUGCUUUCCUCUACCGGACAGCCCAUAGUAACACUCUUCCGCUUGCUUUCCUCUACCGGACAUCCCAUAGUAACACUCUUCCAGUUGCUUUCCUCUACCGGACAGCACAUAGUAACACUCUUCCGGUUGCUUGUUAA